CCACUGCAGUUGGAAAUAGUAAACAGUCGUGAGAAAUAAGUGGUGCGAAUUCCUCGUACACGCGUAUUAUUUGAGGAGACAAUGGCCACGAGGGUCGCCGCCCUGCUUUCCAUCGCGUUUCUCGUGGAUUCUCUGCCUACUCCGAGAAGGUGCUUGUUGCAUCAGAAUAAGUGUGUUUCUCACUGUCCGCGUCAAAUGCAUCCAUAUCACACAAGAUGCGAUAAAGAUACUAUGUCGCAACGCACUUGUGCUUCUCCACAAAUAUACAGCAUUGGUUAUUCCUGCGGUUGGUCGCGCUGUGAUUGCAACGGCGAAUUGUUGUACGACGAACUGCAAGGGUUCUGCGUGAAGCUGACAGAGUGCAUGAUGUUGAGGAAGAAGAGGAGGAAGAACAAGAGACGCUCGCAACAGCACAGGUCCCCGAAGAGACUGCGGCUCGAAGACGAAGACGACUUCUUUGACAAGAAGUUGCAAAUUUAAGAACUUGUUUUAAGUUUACUUAGUAAUUUAUAAUUAAAUUUUAAUAAAAUGA